CUUCAGUUUACUUUACACAUUGUCUGAACAGGAAGUGUUAUAGAAACGGAGUUUUGUCUCUUAAAAUUUACCUUUAAAUCGAGGAUGGCUGCGCGCUCGGGCAAUCAAACAAUGUGACUACUUUCAAAAUGAGUAAGAGGAAAGGCAAAGUGAUCAGUGAUGCGGCUACUCUGAAGAGUUGUAAAUUGACAGCUGUGAGUGCUGAAAAUGUGGCAGAUGUUGCAAAUCUUCCAGUGUUUAUGGGCUUCACCAACUCCAUUACAGGAGACAUUGGCCUCAUUGAAAGCAUCACUCUGAGGAAUUUCAUGUGUCACCACUCUCUGGGUCCAUUCCAGUUUGGGCCCAAUGUCAAUUUCAUUGUUGGGAACAAUGGAAGUGGGAAAAGUGCCAUCCUGACUGCUUUGAUUGUAGGCCUUGGUGGAAAGGCCACUGUCACGAACAGAGGGGUGUCACUGAAGGACUUUGUGAAAACUGGUGAAAAUACUGCAGAUAUAACCGUGAUGCUCAGAAACAGAGGAGCAGAUGCAUACAAACACGAUGUUUAUGGCGACUGCAUCUCCGUUGAGCAACGCAUCUUAGGUGAUGGAUGUCGGACUUACAAGCUGAAGAGCAAAUCAGGGCAACUUAUCUCAAACAAGAAGGAAGAAUUAACAGCUAUUUUGGACCACUUUAACAUCCAGCUGGAUAACCCGGUAUCCAUUCUCAGCCAGGAGAUGAGUAAACAGUUCCUCCACUCAAAAAAUGAAUCAGACAAGUAUAAGUUCUUCAUGAAAGCAACUCUGCUUGAACAGAUGAAGAGAGAUUACAUCCACAUUAAACACACAGAAAAAGUCACGCGGCAGCAAGUUGAGAAACAAGAAGAGUGUCUGAAGGACCUGAAGCAGGAUUUUCUACAGAAGAAAGAGCGAUAUGAAAACCUGUCAUCCCUCAGCGAAAUGAAGGAGGUUCUGGAAAAUCUGAAGAAAAAAAUGGCAUGGUGUUUGGUCAAAGACAAGGAGCAAAUCAUACAGCAGUUAGAGGACGACAUUGAAAAAGAAGAGAAUAAUUGCAAACAUAAGGACAACCUUCGGCUCUGUCAGACUAAGAUCAUACAAUUGGAGAAGAAGCUGCAGGUCAUCAAAAGCAGAACUGAUAGUCUAAGAGAAGAACAAGAAUCUUUAACGGAGGACAAACUCAAAUUAAAGCAGCAAGGGAAGAGCAUUGGCAAAGCUUACAAGGAACAGGAGCUUGUUUAUUUUCGAGCUCUGAACAAGCUCAAACAGUCCGAACAAGAGCAAAAUCUCCUUCAGGAGAAAAUAAACAAGGCCAAAACAAGUGAGAGCCUGAGCAGUGGUGGAGAGACUGAGCAUGCAAAACAGCAGAAGACCUUAUGUGAUCUGAAAACGCAACUAGCAGAGCUUGAGAAUAAGUGCUCAGAGCUGAAUGAAGAGAUCAAGAACAAACACCAGGCGCUUUAUAAAGGAAAGGAAGAACAGGACAAGCUGAGAAUGGAAGAAAGGAGCAUCCAGGUUUCAUAUGAGUCCAAGAUGAAGAGAAAGAACCAGCUCCUCGCCAGUCGGUCAAACAGGCUGAAGCGGUUUGGAGACAACAUACCAGACCUGAUAAAUUCAGUUGCUGAGGCAUACGCUGCUGGACGAUUUCUAAAGAGACCAGUUGGACCAAUAGGGGCGUGCAUCACUUUAAAGGAUCCCAUGUUUUCGGUGGCUGUUGAAUGCUGCCUGCGGAGCUUCAUGAAGGCUUUCUGUUGUGACAACUACAAAGACGAGGCAGUCCUUCAGGAGCUGAUGUCUCACUACUAUCCGAAAGGAAACAGACCGCAGAUCAUCGUCAGCCCCUUCUCUGAUAAACUUUAUAAAGUUCAUGGACGGAAAGCAAAUCAUCCAGAUUACCCAUCUGUUCUGGAUGUAAUCACAGCAACGAGCCCGGUCAUCAUCAACUGUCUGAUUGAUAUGCGAGGGAUAGAAUCAGUACUCAUUAUCAAAGAAAAAGACAAAGCGAGGAAGGUCAUGCAACAUGGCCGACCACCUAAAAAUUGCCGUGAAGCUUAUACUGCUGAAGGAGAUCAGGUGUUUCCAAACCGUUACUACACCUCUGACUUCAGCUUGGCCAAAUACCUCAGUGGGGAUAUUGAGACUGAAUUAAGGUUGCUGGAGUCAGACCUGCUGAAUCAGGAGGCUCAGCUAUCCAGGUUUCAACUCCAUGUAAACUCUGUGACUGAGGAUAUUGGGAAUAUGAAGAGCAGCCUGAACAGCACUAUUAUGGCCCUGAAGAGCACACAGGCCUCUGUGAAUAAAGUUAAAGCAUCAAUAAUUGAGCUGGAGACUGCUUGUGAAGAGCAAACUGGCGACAUCACUUCACUGGAAGAGGUCGCUCAGGAGAACCAACAUAAAAUCAAGGCAGAAAAACAAACAGUUGAGGCGGCAAAGGCCGAACUCGACAAGCAUCGUGAAAUGUCAGAAGAGUCAGACUCCAAGUACUCGUCUGUUAGAGAUCAGAUUGAUCAGCUUUCAGAGGAAAUGGAUCCACUCAAGGACGAGCAGCUGAAACUAGAGACAGAGUGUGCGAAAUAUGACCGUAACCUUAAGCUACUAGAAAACAAACUGAUGGCUCAUGAAGAUAACAUCCAAGCCAUGAAAAGUGACCUUUCUGAAAAAGAAGAAGAGUUACAGGAAUAUGUGGCCAAAGCUAGUGAGAUCAGUCCAGAACGGCAACAUGUGACCUGCAGCACCAGGGUCAUGGACUUGGAAAUCACGCGACUGAAGAAGAAGCUGAAAGUGUACGAGAGCAGCCAUGGCGAGCCUGAGCAGGUGGUCAGGAAAUAUGCCGAGGCCCUUUCUCGCUACAGAGAGAAAACCAACCAGGUGAGAGAUCUGCGGAGGUUCAUCGAUUGUCUCGAUAAAAUCAUAACCGACCGGCAGAACAGAUACAAAAUAAUGCGCAGGUCCCUCUCUGUCAGAUGUAAGUUAUACUUUAAUAACUUCCUGAUAAAGAUGAAGUGCUGCGGCUCCAUGAUUUUCGAUCACAACAAUGAAACACUCUCAAUCUCGGUCAAGCCUCCGGGCAAGGAGAAAGAAGGUGCGAGUGACAUGAGGUUGCUGUCUGGUGGCGAGCGCUCCUUCUCCACUGUGUGCUUCAUGCUCUCCCUGUGGGAGAUCACAGAGUCCCCCUUCAGAUGCCUCGAUGAGUUUGACGUCUACAUGGACAUGCACAAUCGGAGAAUCUGCCUGGAUCUUCUCUUAGAGCUGUCAGAGCGGCAGCACCGGCGGCAGUUCAUCUUCAUCACGCCGUUGAACACCAGGGAUCUUCCCAAAACAAACCUCAUCAAAAUCCACCAGCUUCAGAAUCCACAAAGAGAAGCGAGUCGCACAAGAGAUGAAGAUGUGGAAAUGCAGAACGGAGACAGCAGCAGAGAGAACAACAAGACGUAAUGAACACUCGUGUGUACAGUUAAUCUGUAUAUCAGUAUUAUUUUAAUUGUUUGGGGGUUGUUGUGCUCUAAAAAGUCAAUUCAUGUGCAGAUGUUUGAAAAAGGUAGAUAACUUUUUAUGAAACCUAAAUAGUAAUAAUUUAGAUGUUUGGUGUGCAAUUUUAAUCCAAUUCAGUGUAACCGUUUUUUUUUUUUUUUUUUUUUUUUUUUUGUAAAUAUUUCAGUUAUUUGAAUUUAGAAUUCAAUUAUUACUUGUGUGGUUCAGCAAAUGGAAAAUAUCUUAAACAUUUUUGCUAGUAAUUCUUUUAAAAGAGGUUUGUUUUUCUAGAUUAACUGUAGGAGACAAGGGGCCUUUUGUAUAAACUGUAUACAUGUACAAAAAGGUCACAUAUGCCAGUUUCCAGUCAUAGAUUGAGGUGUAUGAAAGAUAAACAUGAGCGAGCAUGUACGCCGAUACACAAAUAGUUUGAUAAUGUAGAAAAGUUUGGUUUAACAUCAAAAAGCCUAAAUGCAUGUGGUGUAAUCUCUCUUCCACAAUAUCCAAAAUGUAUCUUAUUGAACACAUUGAGAGGCUGCUAAACCAUUUUCCCACAGCAGAUCUAUCUUCUCAUUUUGCCACAAUCAUAACCUCAGUCUGUUCUGGUGAUGCGAGUGUGUGAUGUCAGGGAGUGCACAAGAUGCAGAUGUGCAGACGAGGUGAAAUGCAAAGAUUCAUCACAUCAGAGAGAAAAACCCGUAAAAACACAGUAGCUAUACAGGAUUGUUGGGCUGUAGUACAAAGAGUUCAAAAGAAAGAGAGAGAGAGACAUUGAGGCUUAGCUUUGGUGUGUAUUUUUUAACAAAAUACUUGCAUGAAAUAUGUAAUGUCGGUAACUUAUUAGUAAUAUCAUUCAUAGGCUAGUAUAUUAGGCUCGCCAUGAAGCUGCUUGGUGCACGAUUGGCCUCCUCUCUCCUUUUCUUUGAGACUUGCCUGACUCGUAUGAACCCGUUCUGAGGUCUGGCUCCCUAGUUUCCACUCCAUAAUCUGACAGUAAUUAUCAUUACAUUGGCUGAUGUGUCUUGUCUGCUUACUGUGUGUAGAUUAGAUGUUUUGCUUGUACAUUAGUUGCCUCCAUCUCUUUGUUUCGCCAUCAGCUCUGACAGUCCUGUUUGCAAUGCAUGCCAAACUUCACAAUCACCAUUUUCUUGAUGUAUUUUAAAACCGGGUCACUUUUUUCAAAUUAAAAAAAGUGACCCUCAAUUUCACUUUGAUUUCAUUCUGAUUCAAAAGUUUGGGUACCCCAGGUCACAAUUUCUGUUACCGAUAACAGUCAAGAAAGUAGAAGAUGAAAUGACCUCCAAAAGGCAAAAUGUUAAAGCAGACAUAUUCCCAAAUAUAUUGAAAGGUUUUUUUUUUUCUUUUUUUGUGGAUUAUUAUGUGGAUUUUGAGGUGUAUUAACAACACUUCAUAACUUUAGGUGUAAAUUCUGCGUUCUGGACUUGUUUGAUAGUACAAUAACAUCUAUUAUGUGCGUUUCUGGAGACGUCGCUGUCCAGAAGCGUCCUGAGGCUGAGAAAACCCCAUUAUACAACCUUUUCUUCCAGGAUGUCUAGUGUUUUGCAUGAAGCAAAACUCAGCUGAGUUUUGCACGUCAUACGCUAGCAUGCACAUAUAAAGAUACCGGCCGUUUUAAACGAACACUGUGGCUAAUUCAGCAAAGAAACCCAAGAGGGCAUUAUCAGAGGAAGAGAGGUUAACAAGAGAGAAAUGGACAGAACAAGAGAUAAGAUAAGAGUCAAGAUAAAACUGAGUUUUACUGGCUCGAGAGAGCUUACAGUUCAGGUAGGAUGCAAGAUGGAUGCCAAAUUAGGUGCUCAGUAGGAGGUGUGUCACUGAGAAAAUCUGCAGAAGUUCCUUAGUGUAUCUUUAAAGAUCCUUAUUUAUUCGUAUAAGACAUUGUUUCUGUUAACUGACAUUUUUUUUAUUACGUUAUGAACAUAAGGAAUGGCAAGCUGAAAACAUUUGCUAUCUUCUUGUAGGCUUCUGCUGCUUUGUGGGCCACAACAAUCAUCUUUUUCAGAAUGUUAGAUAACUGCUCAGAGGGAACCCAUAGCUGCUGAUUGCUGGGACAAGGUUAGACAAGUAUUUAUGAAACUAACGAUGAUUGUGAACAAACUAUAACAUUAAUAGGCUCAUUAAGCUGAGACCUCAGUUGUUAUCUAGAGGCUCAAAUCUGCUAGGGUUCCCAUACUUUUGAUCAUGGGUGCCCAAACUUUUGCAUGCUACAGUAUAAAGAAAAGGUGCAUAGAAUCAGGCAUACACACCGUCCUCCAACAUCCCCAGGGGACCUUAGUCUGCUCAUUCUUGAGCUUCUUUUAUAAAACAUGCUUUAAUCUCUUUAACUUAGUUAUACUAAUGACUAGAGUUACACGUCUGACAAGUUAUGGAAUUUUAUUUGAAGAGAAAUCAGUCUUUAAGCAUAGUUUCGACAUCAUGCAAGUUAUUUUUGCAGGUCAUGUAAGGUGGUUAAAGAUUGGGCUGAACAUUGUAAUUUGGAACUUUGUGGACAAACUGACAUGAAUUAAUUACCAACAGCAAAGCAUUUUGUGUGACAUUAGGCCUGUUUUUUGUCAUAUUUUUCUCCCACAUUUGCCGGCUCAGUAGAUCAUGUUGCCUAACUUUAGUUUUUUUAACCAUUACUGUUUUGAGGAUUUUUCUUAUUGCAUGUCUUAGUGUUGUUUUUUUCCUUGUAUGAGUGGAAUUCAAGGACCCCGUGAACAUUGACCUGAAUACAGAGGUCAUGUAAAAUUCAGAAACAUAUGGAAAUGUUUUUCUGCAUAGACAGCGUAGAUAUUGCCACACUGAGUAAUGUUACUUUUACAAACUCAGCAUCAUAAAAAAAUGGGUUGGUACAUGAAAAAUGAAGUCUUUAUAAUGUUCACUUUGACUUUUCUAUGUCAUCUACCUCGUUUGUAAAUGUAUAUUGUUUUUGCAUUUCUGGCCUGCAGCCCAUUCCACUUGACACUGGAACAGUAAAGCAUUUAUAACCUUGUAAAAUUCAAGUUUCUGGUGUAAUUUUGUCCCAUUUUCCUGCAAACAGAUGUGCAGCACAACAGAGAUGAUGUUGCAUUUUUCAUUACUGAUUUAAUUUUCUCUACACAAUCUUUGUUGGGCACAGAUCAGGACUGUAUCAGGGCCGUGUCUUCUUCCUAUCUUUGUAAUGUGUGCAGAAAUUGGUUAUCUUUUUUAAAAAAAUGCAUGAAUGCCUCUGGAAAAGUUGCCAAGUUGAUCUAAAAUCUGAUCUAAAAAGUGAACUUUUUUGCAUUAAUCCUGCCGUCACACAAGUGUAGAUGAGUUUUUCCAAGUUCAUUGAAUUAAGACCAGACAAUUCCAGAGACUGGCUUUUGGACUAGAAACUGCCUGGAUGACUCUUUAGGUCUUUGCGUGGUAACACGUAAUCUUAAAUGCGGAUUCUUUUGGCCACAAUUCCCUGGCUUGAUGUUUCAUCCCAAAGGCCUUAGAAUACAGAUAUGUUCAUCCUGCUUCUGGAAAAGGCUUAAGGAUAAACAUAAAGCUUUUUAUUCACAAUGAAGUUUGAAGUGCUUUUUGUGAGUAUAACUACUUUUUUUAGUCCUUAACAAAGAUUUACCACAAUAAAUAUACCAACUCCUGAUGGAUGACGGCUCCUGAUGCAAGGCUGGAGUAUUGAAGAUCUCAGGUGUCCAGCUUACCCUUUACACACUGAAGUACAUUUUAUGCGAGAUGAGAUGACGUUCAUAAAAUUAACUGACAAAUAUUGUAUUAAUACUGUGUGUGCCAAAUACAAGUGAAAAUAAAUAUAAGAACUGCUUUUUAGCUUUGCUCCAUACAUCCUCAACUUAUAUCAGCCCUUUAUUAGCAUGUACAGUUGUUCUCUUUGAAUUUCAUCUGUAAGCUGUCAUGCUGCUGCAGACACUUUUAUGAAAACUGAAACCAGUAUAAUACAUCCCUAGAAGAAAUCUCAAUUUCAUGUGGAUAAUGUUUUUUUUAAAGGUCUCUCAUUCAUACAUACACAGAACAAACAGAGGGGUGACAAAGGGGGGAAAAAGUGAACUAGUGAUACUUUCAAUGAAGGCAAUGAAUGAAACAUUUCUAUUCUGAUGGGAAUGAUCCGUCUAAGGAAGACGAUACUCCCUAACACUGGGCUACAGGUGUUACUGAAUGGUAUAAUGAGUAUAAAAUGAGUCACCCUAUUUCAACCAAGCUGAAAGCCAAUAUAGCACUUCACCACCAUCGUAAUGAUGGAUGAAGGAGCGUCUAUGGAAGAAUAAGCUGCAAAUAGGG